UGAACAAUUCAAGUCACUCUCAUUUCUCUCUCUCAAAUAAAGCACACAUUCUCUCUCUACUCUCUCUCUCUCUUACUCUGCUGUGUGUUUGUUGUCGACGAAAAUUCCCAAAUUUCUCUGCGAUUUCGCUGUCUUUUGCUGCUGAAAUUCCCGAAAACAUGCUCGAAACUCCUUGAUCUUUCUGCAUCGUCUAAUUUCCAAGCUCUGUUUCUAUUGAAUUUUCCCCUGUUGGCUCGAAUUGAUUGCCGAAGGAUUCGGGAAUGCUUGAAGCAGUGGAGAGCUCCGUCAAUGGCGGCUUCUCGCAGUUGCAGACCAGUGGCGAUAGUAGUGAGGAGGAGCUUUCUGUUCUCCCUCGUCAUACGAAAGUUGUCGUCACCGGUAACAACCGCACCAAAUCGGUGCUCGUCGGACUUCAAGGCGUUGUUAAAAAGGCUGUUGGUUUGGGCGGAUGGCAUUGGCUGGUCCUCACGAACGGCAUUGAAGUUAAGUUGCAGAGAAAUGCCCUCAGUGUAAUCGGAGCUCCGACUGGCAACGAGGACGAUGAUGAUUUCGAAUUUGAAAACGUACACUGGAAUGGAUCCGAUAUGGCAUCUGAUGACACUCUAAAGUCCCAUAGACCAAGACAUCGGACGCACAAAUCAUCGGGAUCGUCACACAAAACCAUCGGCCGAUCCUUCUCUUAUGAAUCGCAGUCCAAAGGAUCUAUUUCCACCCCUCGUGGGUCCAUGAAAGUUGACCUUGGUAAACUUGAGAUGUCUGCCCUAUGGAGAUAUUGGCGACACUUCAAUCUUGUGGAUGCUUUUCCUAACCCAUCAAAAGAGCAGCUGGUGGAUGUUGUUCAAAGGCAUUUCAUGUCACAGCAAAUCGACGAGUUACAGGUGAUUGUCGGGUUUGUCCACGCUGCAAAGAGACUCAAAACCAUCUGCAAAUGAUGAGUAAAGGCUGUAACACCAAGCUUAUUCCACCAUUUCUAACUCAAGAAACAGCAGUACCCGAAAUUCCCACUUCCCCGCUGCAUUAAUGGUUCUCUGUAAUAUAAGUAUCUUGGCUUGUUAUCGAGGUAUCGUUACCCUUUUGUUAGUGUAAUUAUGGUAGAUGAAUAUAGUAAUUAUAUAAUGUAUGUAUGACUGGCAAAUAGACCUACGAAAACUAAGAAGUCCUUGCUGACUUCAUUUUCCUAAGCCUCGAUGGAUUGAAUGCUGACUUGGGAGACCGGGUAUCUUGAAAUGAAUGUGUAUAUUCUUUUAAUGCUUUA